AUGGGCUCAAAUAUUUUGGUCACCGGCGCCGCCGGCUACAUAGGAGGUUCCAUAAUCGCGGACUUUCUGGCGAGCAAGACCACAUCGAUCGGUGUGGAUCGGCUUGUUGCUGCGGUUAGAUCCGAAGAUCAAGCUAAUUCUUUAUCGAAACUGGGCAUCUGUGUUCUUAAGUUGGAUCUGACCGACGAAGAUGCUGUGAUCAAAAGCGUGCUACGCCACAACAUCAGCAUUGUCAUUCACACAGCAAGCUCUAUAAAUCCAGAUCUAGCGCUACACCUAAUCACUGCGUUGAGUAAACAGGGUGAGGUGAGCGGUGAGAAAACAUAUUUCAUCCACACCUCGGGAUUGGGUGCAUUCUUCGAAAAUACCGGUUGGCCAGCCGGGCCGUUUAAGGACACGGAUGCGGUGUUCGAUACAGAGAAGGAAUUGGCCAGCUCCUCCCCUCUCCGAAAGACCGACGUGACUGUCAUCGAGCAUGCCGAAACACGAGGAGUAGCCUGUUUCGUCGUCGUGCCGUCCCUAGUUUAUGGGAAGGGCACCGGCGAAUGGAAUAAACUGUCCGUAGUACUGCCCGUCUAUGUCAAGGCCAGCAUUUCGGGUCAAGCCGUUUACAAAUUCUCUGAAAACACGAAAGUCUCAAGCGUGCACAUUUCUGAUUUGACAGCCCUUUAUGGACUGAUUAUCGAGAACAUCCUCCAGGGAGAGCCACUUCCAACUGGCAGAGAAGGAUAUUACUUCGCACUAGCCCAUUAUCUCCAUUUCAGGGAAGUCUUGGAUCACUUGGCUAUAGAGUUAAAGGCUCGUGGUCUCAUAACAGAUUCAAAAACAAUGAUUUAUCCCAAUGAUGAAGCUGCUGCAAGGUCUCUAGGCGUUCCCGUGCCGUUUGUGCGGCCCUUGUGGAAUUCGGGUGAUAACAUCAUUGCCGAGAUUCCGCAUAGAAUCGGGUGGAGACCGAUGUGGAACAAGGAACGAUUCUUGCAAAACAUCGGUGACGAGAUACAAGCGGUAGUGGAGCUUGGAAAGGCGAAGAGUAGUCUUAUUGACUCCUUGUUUGAAUUCGCUGGAGGGCAACAG